UCUCAAGAUCCAUCCCUCCAGCCGACCUUUCUCCCCUAUUUGCACUUAGGCUGCACUACAAUACUACUUCACAGUUUUCAUUUGGACAAGAGACACAGACUAUUUAUUCUAGUUUAAAGAUCUCACAGGGAAGGAAGAACAUCCCCAUCUGCAGCCAUGAACGGCACAGAAGGACCCAACUUUUAUGUCCCCAUGUCUAACAAGACUGGGUUGGUUCGCAGCCCUUUCGAGUACCCUCAGUACUACCUGGCUGAGCCCUGGAAGUACUCUCUUGUGGCUGCGUACAUGCUGUUCCUCAUCUUUACCGCCUUCCCCAUCAACUUCCUCACCCUCUAUGUCACGGUCAAAAACAAAAGGCUGAGGAACCCUCUGAACUAUGUGCUACUCAACCUGGCGGUGGCCGACCUCCUCAUGGUGGUUGGCGGCUUCACGGUCACUCUCUACACAGCCCUGAACGGGUACUUCAUCUUGGGCAUCACCGGCUGCAACGUGGAGGGAUUUUUUGCCACGUUAGGAGGAGAAAUUGGUCUCUGGUCCCUGGUGGUUUUGGCUAUUGAGCGCUACGUUGUGGUUUGUAAACCAAUGACCAACUUCCUCUUUGAGGAGAAACAUGCUAUAGCUGGCCUGGCUUUCACAUGGAUCAUGGCUCUGACCUGUGCUCUUCCCCCUCUGCUUGGAUGGUCACGGUACAUCCCAGAGGGAAUGCAGUGUUCCUGUGGGAUCGACUACUACACUCCCAAUCCUGAGUUCCACAACACCUCAUUCGUCAUCUAUAUGUUUGCCCUUCAUUUCACUAUCCCCCUCUUCAUCAUCUUCUUCUGCUACAGUCGCCUACUCUGCACUGUGCGAGCGGCUGCCGCCCAGCAGCAGGAAUCUGAAUCCACCCAGAGAGCGGAGAAGGAGGUGACACGUAUGGUUAUCGUCAUGGUGAUGUCCUUCCUGAUUUGCUGGGUGCCCUACGCCACUGUGGCUUGGUACAUUUUUGCCAAUCAGGGAACCGAGUUUGGACCAGUUUUCAUGACCGCUCCGGCCUUCUUCGCCAAGAGUUCUGCUCUGUACAACCCGAUCAUCUACAUUCUGCUGAACAGACAGUUCAGGAACUGCAUGAUCACCACGGUGUGUUGUGGAAAAAACCCAUUUGGGGAGGUCGAGGUCUCUAGUGCUUCCACCUCCAAAACUCAGACUUCAGUCACAUCCAGCCAGGUGGCCCCUGCUUGACCGGUACCCCUCCUACCACCUCUGAUGUCCCAUCUGUCCCUGCAAACCUAGGGACCUGGCCCCGCCAGGCAGCACUUCUCUAUUGGCCAAUCCUCUUGAUUUACCUCUCCAUGUGUGUCUUCACUGCCCCAGCACAACCACUCAGUCGGUUGGACUGACGUUUUCAAGAGUCAGCAUGUGUAUUUUCAGUCCAUUUAAUCACGGAAAGUGUUCAGCUGGCUUAACAGAGUUUAACCCGGCAUCAAGGGGUGUCGUGAUGAUCCAACUGAACACAUUCCAAGCUCCCCGCUACCCAAAAACACAUAAUAGGUAAAUAAAAACCCACACCACAGGACUUCAUCCUCUUCAACUCUUGAUUACAGUAUUGUUGCAGCUAUCUAUAUCCCCAGUAUGCGCUUUAAACAAUCCAUUUUAUGAUUACUUGGGUGAGAUUAGUCAUGAAUUUGUUGAUGGGGCAGUCGUCUGGUUUCUCCUCUUGACUUUAUGGAGAGCUGGGGUUGUUAGUUUGCUCUUGGCAUUGACUGAGACAUGAGUGUAAACAGAUGGACCAGAAAAAAAUCCUCUGCAGGGAGAGGGCACCUCCUGCAAGAGUCGGUGUGUGUGUGUGUGUG